UACACUAUACUAACCACGAAUGGGGUCUUUGCUGAUCCGUAGAAUAAAAAACCAUCAGAAAACAAACACAGAUCACAGUAAGCCUUUAUUUGGGCUAUGGAUUUUUUUUUUUUUAUCUGCACAUAUCUGUAUAUUGUCUGUGAAGGAAAGUCUGAUUACUAAUGGAAAUGAGAGACUGGGGCUUUCUAUAUCUGUUACUGGAUAAGGUGCAGUCCCAUUCUACAGUCAUCGGUAAGAUCUGGAUGAGAGCCCUGUUUGUAUUCAGGAUCCUGAUUCUGGGUGCAGCAGCUGAAAUUAUCUGGGCAGACGAGCAGCCCAGAAUUGUGUGCAAUACCCAACAACCUGGCUGUAAGACCGCCUGCUAUGAUUUUCAAUUCCCCAUCUCCCCGAUUCGCUACUGGGUGAUUCAGGUAAUCGUCGUGUCCAUGCCGUCGUUACUGUACCUGUGCCAUGUCAUCCACAUUGCUCACCUGGAGAACACCCUGCGAGCGAGAAUAAAACCACAGCAUGAUGAAACAAAACACAAACCCAAAUACACAGAUGAGCAGAUACAGAGGAAGAUCCAGUGCAGCCUGUGGGCGAGCAGAUUUACACAGCUUUUCUUCAAAAUCAUCUUAGAGCUUGCUUUCAUCGCCGGAUUUUACUACCUAUACGGCUUCAUCAUGAGCCCUGGGUUUUCUUGCCCUAGAGAGCCAUGUCCUAACUAUGUGGAAUGCUACAUCACAGCUGCAACGGAAAAGAACAUCUUCAACAUCUUCAUGCUAGGGAUAGCGGGUGUGUCCCUGCUGCUCAACGUGAUCGAGGUCGUUUGCCUGCUGUGCAGCAGAGUACGAUCUUGCCAUGGCAAGUGGCAUGUGAAAAAAUUUGACGAAAAUCCCACCAGUUUAUUCUGACAGCCUAAUCUGGGAGAUAAAGAUUUCAAUUAAACAUCUUUCAUGAAUUUAUUGUAACAUCUGUAUACUGUAAGAAUGUUACAUAAAUAAAUAAAUAUAAUGCCUCACAAUGA